AUGGCAAUGCCCAGCGCAUCUGCGUCGAAAAUCCCGCGUCUGCUGCGCUCUAGUAUCUACCAGAGCUCAAUGCUUCGAGGCCAGGCGGGGUCGCCCCAGGCCCAUUCGAUGCUCGCCCCGCAAUCCCGGAGAUUCGCCUCUGCCGCCUGGGCUUGCCGCGUCCAACGAGCACACGAGGAGCGCGCGCCGCCUCCGAGCAGCGCCACGCUGCGCCAAACAGCAAGAGAGCGCCAGGAAGGCCUCUCCGUAACGGCGCGUCGAGCGUUUUCCGCCACAGCUGCUCGUCCCAAAGACCACCACUUCGACACGCUCAAGUUCGUGCAAAGACUCAAGGAUGAAGGCUUGACGGAGGAACAGGCGGUGGCCAUGAUGAAAGUCCUGAGCGAUGUGAUUGAGGAGAGCAUACAAAACCUUACGCGGACCAUGGUGCUCCGCGAGGACCAGGAGCGGGCCACGUACACCCAAAAAGUCGACUUUGCAAAGUUGCGCUCCGAACUGCUGACGGCCGACUCGACCGAGAUGUCUUUGACGCGCGCGUCACACGAACGACUUACGAACGAGAUCGCGAAGCUGAACAGCAGGCUGCGGGACGAGAUACAGCGUACGCAGGCCAGCGUCCGGCUGGACUUGAACCUCGAAAAAGGCCGCAUCAGGGAGGAGGCCAACGUGCAGGAACUCAAGCUCAAGGAAACCGAAACGAGGAUCGAGCAGGAGACGGCGGUGCUCAGGGAGAAGCUCGAAGCCGUGAAAUUCACGACUCUGCAGUGGCUGAUGGGCGUGUGCACCGGUACGGCAGCACUUAUUCUCGGUGCCUGGAGACUACUCAUGUGA